GCACAACAUGUGCAACAUCGUCUCCCUACGCAUGAUAGUUUUCUCCGCAAGAUACUUCCAACAUCUUAAACGUGGCGUGGUUUCCAACUGAAGUGCGUCGUCCUGAGUCUUCCCUGCUGCCGUUCCUCCCUCCCAAAUCCCCCCUCAACUCCGAACCAACCGACCCUGUAGCCGCGGCGGCCGGAGACCGAACAACUGCCGCCUUAAUGGCGACCGGCUCCAUUAAAAUGGUUUCCGAUCAAACGGGCGGCAGCCCUGCGAGCGGACGACCGAGGGGGGAGAUCCGAGGAAGCGGCGGGGAGGAUCGAUGGCGAAGGGGACGACGGAGAUGGAGGUCGGGUCCGACGGCGUCGCCGUCAUCUACAUCGCCAACCCGCCCGUGAACGCCCUCUCCAUCGACGUCCUGUUUAGCUUGAAAGGGCACUAUGAAGAGGUGCUUCGAAGGAAUGAUGUGAAAGCUAUUGUUCUUACAGGAAGUGGAAGGUCAUUUUCUGCUGGACUCGAUAUUAGUGCCUUCGCUGAUAUUCGCAAACCGGAGCAGCUAAAGGAUCACUGCAUAUUGAUUGAAGCCAUGACUGAUAUCUUCGAAGAUGCUGGGAAGCCAUCAGUGGCUGCUAUUGAUGGCCCUGCUCUUGGUGGAGGUUUAGAAAUUUCCAUGGUACAGAGUUGA